AGAGAGAGAAAAAGGGGUAAGAGAACGACAGAAAGCGAGAAAGAGAAGGACAGUCGGGCGAGACUGCUCCGAGGGAGAAGACGGACCAGGCGACGAGCUAAUCCAUUGCCUACCGAAAAGUCAUAUGCCCAUACACGCGCGUAAGACGCUUGUGGCUUGCGAAGAAAUCGAAAUGGUGGAGCUGUGUGGUAGCGGCCAAGCUUCCUCGGCUAUGGGGGUGAUGGGCAUCGGCUCGGUGGUGUCCGCGGCGACGUCAUCAUCCUCCUCGUCGACCACCACUACCACAGGAGCCUCGUCCUCUGUCUCGGGUCGCGCCGGCGUCCUCGAGACCCAAGUGCGCGGUCAAUGGUAUCGCGUGUUUGUCUCCCUGGAAGACGAUUAUCUCAGUAUCUCCCUCGACGAGAGCUGCGAGACCAGCAGCAUCGCUCUGAAUAAUGGCAACAUCAACAAUAACAAUGUGGACAGUCUGAACGAUCCGGACGUGCCCGACUCCGUGGCCAAUCAGAAGCGCAUUGUCCGCGUGGUGAAGAGCGACAACAACGGCCUUGGGAUUUCGAUCAAAGGCGGCAAGGAGAACAAAAUGCCGAUCCUCAUCUCGAAAAUUUUCAAGGGCAUGGCCGCGGACGCUACCGAGCAGCUCUACGUCGGUGAUGCCAUCUUGGCGGUGAACGGCGAGGACCUGUGCGAAGCCACGCACGACGAGGCGGUGAAGGCGCUGAAGAGAGCCGGCAAGGUUGUCGAGCUGGAAGUCAAGUACCUGCGAGAGGUGACGCCAUACUUCAGGAAGGCUUCGAUUAUCCAGGAAGUGGGCUGGGAACUUCAGCGCGGUUUCCUCAGCGCGACGCCGCCGCCACCGAAGUCACCACCGCGAGCAGAUACUCGUUAUCUGCCAUUACAACUCUGCAGACUCACCAGGGCGCAUCCCUCUUCCGAUCCCGAAGGACGCAUUCUAGAGCUGCACUCGCCCGACGGCGUCCACGAGUGCUGGUUGAGAGCCACUGAUAACACGGAGGCGAAUGUCUGGUUCAAUGCUUUGCACUCGGCGCUGGCAGCCCUCACCUUGAAAGCGUUACGACUGGCCUCAGCACUUCCGGAUCCGCAGCAGCUUCAGCACAUCGGUUGGCUCGCGAGGAGACAUUGUCUUCAGAACGGACGGGCCAGCAGCGAGAGCAGCGAGGAUGGCGCCGGAAGCAGCGCGAGCACUUCGCGAGGAGCCGGCAGCGGAUUCGGCCUGGCCGGUGGAUGCACCGGAGGAUGGCGUAGUGUCUUCGGCGCGGUUUCAGGGCGGGAGCUCAGAUUGUACGAAUGCGCGCCUUGGAGCCCAGAAGCCUGGGCUUCCCCGAGCAUUACCUGUCCGCUCAUCGCGACACGGCUGGUUUCCUCGCCGACGCGACAGAACGAAGCGGCGAGCAGCAGUAGCGGCUCGACUCAGCACGGGGCGACGUUCGCGGUCCGGGUCGGCACGAUCGACGGGGUGAUCACGCAUCACUUACGGGCUGAAACACGAAGAGAUUUGGCGGCGUGGGCGCGGGCGAUCGUUCAGGGGUGCCACGCGGCCGCUCACUCUCUGCGAGAGUACACUGUCCGUUGCACGUGGCAGGGCAAAUCCUGUCAGCUGGUUGUCAACCAUGAGGAAGGAUUCGCGCUUUACACCGCCGGAACGCGGGGCACUGCUGGGAAUGGCGUGAGUCCUGGAUCGCCGCCCACGCCACUCUGGAGAAGAUCCUUCGACAAAUUGAAAAUGUCCUCGGACGAUGGCGCCCGUCUUCUAUGGCUCGAUUUUGGAGGCGAAGACGGCGAAAUUGAGCUCGACUUAGAGAGCUGUCCGAAACCGAUCGUGUUCGUCUUGCACAACUUCCUCUCGGCGAAAAUUCACCGGCUUGGUCUGAGUGCAUAGGGGCACGAGGGGGCCCUGACAGAGGCCCCCGACCUUCCUCCUCACACUACUCGGUCCGUUACCAGCGUCUUUCUUCACUGAAGCAGAAAGAAUUGCGACGCGAAAGAGAAACGGGGGCUUCUCUCUUCGAUGAUUCGACGGUAAGGAGAUUCGAUGAGACACGAAAUGUCCUGAUGGGUAAAAGGUGCUGGGACUAGCUUUGUUAAGCAUAUUCCGCGUCGCGUGCACCCUCCUUUCGAUUCUGGAGCUCCGGAAAUCGAGGAGGAAGAAGCUCGGAGUUGUGAGAGAGGGUAAAUAGUAAGAUAAUAAGUGCGAAAAAAAACGACUGGUAGGAUAAAGAAUUCGUGAAUAACGGUCCGAGGAUUCCAUAACUGGAAGGCCCUGUAACACGAGAAAUGGAUCUAGCAAUCCCGAUGUAAGUGUUUCCCAAAUACAUAAUAUUCCAAAGGCUGAAAAUCUAAGAUUCCACGUAUGAAAUAUUUAAGAUUUAAGAGUCCAUCGAUCUAGAGAGAUCCUAGUAUUUGCGAGUGUAAGACUAUCCUCAAGACCUAGUUGUUGGAAACAGCGUUAAAAAGGAAAGAAGAGAAACACAUCCCACAUAUAGGAGAUUUUAGAAUCCUGGAGAAUCAUAUCCUACUUUACAAGUCACAGCACGCCGAUCCGCGUGCUCUAGUAUUUAAUGUACUCUCGAAAGUCCAAACGGUCGCGAUUCCGACAAAUUUCUCAAAGUGACAGGAUCUAAAUAUCUGCAGCUCCAAAAGUAUUUCAAGUUCAAAAGUCUCAACGGCCUAGUUUUCCUCUUACUAAGGACCCAAAGUUCCAAAUCGCAUAUAUCCUAGAAUUCUCGGACUCGGUCCAGUGAUCCCAGCAGUAUCUCGUCAGGGAGAGAGCGAGAGAGAGAGAGAGAGAGAGAGAGAGAGAGAGAGAAAGAUACAAGCGGGAUAAAAGAAAGGUUGUAUAAGUCUGAGCUUGAUGGUGCAUGUUGGCGAGGAUCUUCGAGAGAAGCUCGAUCGCGAUAAAUCGUGUCCGUCGACCCGAGACGGUCGUUAAAAAUCGGGUGGCAGUCCCUUUUCUCGCUUUUCCCCGUAACGAUAAUCGAUACGAAGCCAUCCACGAGACGAUAUAUUGAAGAAAGUACGACGUGCGACAAGAGCAGAGAGGCGAAGAGACGAAGAGGAACACCCACGCUGCUAAUCAACGCGCCUAAGUAACUAAUUAAUUAACUACUUACCUAACCCUAAGUCUAAUCGCGAGGAACUGACUCGGCAGAUUAUCGAUAGAUAUUCAGAUACAGUGUCGGGUGUUAAGUUACGAUUAUUGUAACGAGCAUGUGAAUCAGAUGAGCAUGAUUGUUUGAGCGAUUGUUUAAAUGAUGACAACGACAUAUCGACGCAUGUCGGUUUGCAAAUGAAAUUUGAGCAAUCUGGAUUCUGGGAAAUAAUAGCGUGGAAUUGCACAACCGCAUGCGCGCGCGCGUAUCUGAUGAUCGUUAAUUAAAAAAGCAUUUCCAAUUGCUGUGGAGAGGAAAAAUUUUUAUUAAAAUAAAUUUCCUAUCAAUGUGUUGACAAUCUGCUUUCAUGAGAAAUUAUUUGUUUAAUAAAAUUUGCGAUAUCAAUAUUUUAUGACACACAGUAAUGCGUGUGAAUAAAGGCUCGGAUUUCAUCACGUAGAAAUAUUUAGAUUUUAUUUUAAUUUAAUUAAUUUAAUUAAGCCACACUUUAAUUAAAUUACGACAUUUUAGCAGAUGAUUUGCAUGCCAUUUCCGCUUUUGUCAAUUUAUGCUUUAGUAUCUUCAUUAAUGUAUCAUUAUUUGGAUACAAAUGGAAAUAGGCCACUGAUGAAAUCACCAUUUUAGCUUGACAAACUUCAAAUAUUGACGCUUAGUCAAUUUUCAUAUAAAUCGUUCGAUAUUUCGACCAAUUUAUUUUCGAUUGUGUUUAAGUAUUGUCACAGAUUUGAUUCCACCGUAACCUUUUUGAAAAAUCUCGCGAGACGAGUGCGAUAAUCGUCGUGACGAUCAAAUCGAGCGGUUUGUCUUCGUCGUUUAAACAUCGUGAUAACUCUGCGUGCACGAUCGAGACGUUUAAGUGAAGGAAAGCGUACUUGUUACGAAAGUAGAAACUAAUCACGAUAAGGUCUGCGUUUCCACCGUGCGUUUAGCGUUUGACACGAUCACCCAGUCCCGAGAUCCAGCUCUCUCAUCGAGUCAUCAUGUUGUGUGUAUUCGACGUGUGAGCUUAGACACCAAUCAUAUAAUAUCACAUUUAAUAUUAUAUAAUAUUAUAUUACGACAGAAUUGACUAUACCCACGAUAGAAUCCACUAUAGAGCGUCACAAUGUCGUAAUAUUUGAAAGUAAUACUCCAGGAAACGCGGCGGCAUUUAAUGCCACAUUUGUGUCAAUGUAAUGCGGGCAUACGGGACUCCGGCGUUAAUUGCACGGUGAAAACACGGCCAUUAUUAUCUAACAAUGAGCCGCCCGUUGGCAUUCGACCUGCCAGUUCCCUCGAAGACUUAAAGAGUUUACGCGCUCUUUUGUAAGCCCGCAGCGGGUUCUUCGCACACAUUCUUUCAAAUUCACGUUUCAAUUUACGAUAAAGCGAACAGAGGAAGUAACAUAUCAUUAAGGAGUGACUCCACCUUGAAAGAAUCAUAUCACACGAACAAUGGAUCCCUUCGUACAAUUAAGUCACCAUCGACAUUGUUUUCGAUAUUAUUGCUUAAUUACGCUGAGGCAUAGAUUUAUAAAGGAUUAUGCGACUCAUCCCCCGUAAAUUGUAACAUAGUUACUGCAAUAACGCGUUACGUUAAGUGUCGCACAACUGUAAUUGUUUGGCGUUCAUUUUGAAAGGAGUAAUCCAUAAAAAGUGAUUGCACGCGAAACGCACAGAAUAUCAAUCAACGUGUGUGAUACCGAGUGACAUGACGGUUCCUGUGAUAUGUCUGUGUCGGAACAACUGAUGUACGCGCAGAUGUACGGCGCAAUAGCCUUAACAUUUAGUACAAGCUUACUUUUUCUAAUCAUGCGAAUUUCUUUUUAGACAUUAAACAUAAAGUUAUCACAAAUGUACCGCUUUGACAGGAUCCGUUUUCAGCAGGUUUCUUCUGCUUUGAAUAGUCAUUAAAGAAUAAAUCAAUAUUGCGUAUUAAAAGAAAUCCGAAAUACCAAUAAAUUGCGUAAUUAAAAAAGUUCUGAUGAGCUAGUUGCACAAAAUAUUAAGGCUAUUGUGUCGGUCACUGUAUACGCGGUCGUUGUGAAGGAACACAAUCAUUUUCGUCUUGCGAUAGUUGUCAGUCGAGCGCGUAAAGAAUUGUCUCGUCAUCAGAAGUCGGUACUCGACGGCGCGUCUGUUUUUAGAUUUGUCGCAACUUUGUACUCCAACAUUGAGAGAAACAAGGAGGAUGUUAUAGUAAAACGGACACUCCGAGUUAUGCCGCGAAUUAUAAUCGACGCGUUCGACUCGUCUCAUAUGUAGAUAUUAGAAAAUGUAAAAGUUACGCCCGGGCGAUAAUCUGUGCAAAGAGAAUCGUCGCGAAAAACGGUCUCGGAUCGAAGUCGUCGCUUUCGGUAUACGGCGAAAAGUGUCACACCUCACGUACUUUAAUUUUACACCGAGAUUUCUGGCCAUCUUCGUUUUCGUUUUCUCGAAAAAGUCGAGCCUCGCGCGUCGCACGGUACCAAAGUCCGCGGAGUUGGGAACACCUGGAAAGGACUUAAGGAGUUUACUCCCUUGAUCUUCUGGCGGGAACUUUCCGCGAGAUAACGUGUUUCGUUUCGGUAAGGCGAUAUUUAUGUCACUCCCCUUCCCCUACCCGCAGUCAAAGCGCCUCGAGUGAGUAUACGGAAGUUGGAAUAUCCUGCGCGUUUCUUGGCCGAAAUACCUUCUCGGAAUUGUACUCGAGAGCCGCGAGGCGAUCGCCAUCGAUCUCAGCCAGACAAAAUGGAAAUAUCCUCCUCGCGAUCGUUCCGAGGCGAGGCGAGGCGAGGCUAGGCGAGGCGAGACGAGGGGGCUCGAGGCGAGAAGCAAGGUUGACUUACGUUCAGGAUCCUUCGUCUUCAUGUCCUCGCGUUAAAGGAGGAUUCCGGCGUUCUUGAAUUCCUGAAUUCGGCACUGUUAAGAUCCGCAAAACCCCUAUCUAGCGAUGCGCAUUCACCUUUCCUUUUAUUGCCGGAACGACAGCUGAAGCUACGCGAAGAUGCAACGAUGACGUUUGACGUAACAAUGCGCGCGGCGAAACUGAAAAGUGGAAAAUGAAAGGGGAAGAGGCGUUACACGUGAGGAAAAAGAAAGCAAGUAGCUGUGUUUUCCUUCCCCCUCCCCCCCCCCCAAGAAUAUAAAAUGGUGAAGUUUAUUGUACAGAAUCGAGGGAACCAAGUGUGUCGAUGCUAAUCUAGAAAAACGAUCCAUUUGUGCACGAUCGAAAAAAUUGCCCAAACGGUUGUGUGUGUGUGCGUGUGUGUGUGUGUGUGUGUGUGUGUGUUAUAUGUGUGUUGCACGAAAUUCCUCAAACAUUUUGAUUUUAUAGCCGUAUGAAUUAUGGUACUAUGAUUCAUACGUUCGCGAUAAAUUUGCACAACAGUCGUUGCCGGGCAAACUUUUAGGUGGUGUAUGGUUCGCCAAAAAUAUCGUUCUGAACCACUCCGGCGUUGCUUAUGACUUUAGGCAAAACUUCAUCAGAGGAGCAAAACGUAAGCGUGAAGUAGAAACGGGUUCCUUCAUAAAUCAAUGGGCGGCCAUUCUAGCUGUUUUGUACGAUUCGUAUCCUUUAACGCAGGUAACUUAAGAUAGCAAGGAGCGUCGAUGUGUGCAGCCUGAUUUCUUUGUUUCCCAGAAUUGCAUAUCGGAUUGAUUCGUUCGCGUCUUCAUGUUGAAGAUGGGGAAUGUAAGGAUUAAAUGAUCAUCGAGAGAAAAGCGGACCAAGUUUCGCGAUUCUCGUUCUCAAAGAGAGAUCCAUCAUUUCUACUUGGAAGAUAAUAAUACAAUAAAGACUGUUGGAGGAUUCAAUAAUUAAAGAAUCCAUUAUUCUAUAAAAUCGUCAAAUUCUUAACGUUUUGACGAUAUGCCUGUGUUUAAGUAAAUUUAAUUUUAAUUGGAAUUUAUUUUCAACUUAUCCAAAAUAAAUUUUAAGGUAGAUUAUGGUGUAUGGGAAUUCAAAAAAUUCAACAAUUUAUGCGCAUAUGGAGGAAAUAAAUUCUAGAGUUUACAAAUGGUGCAAACAUUUAUACGAAUCCGGUUUCCCGAAGUCUCAGGAUGUUCCAUAAAAUUCAAGAGAUCCUUGGAAGCCAGUUUAAAAAUUUAGAUCACGAUCCAUGCUCGUGAUGUUUGCGACCUCGUUGAGAAUCUUUUUGAUUUUAAAAAGCAAAAGUGUCGACUUGGAAAUUAAGUGCGUGUCAGCAAUUAGCCGUUAUCGGAGUUUUGAAAUCACCUAGAAACGACGAAAUCAGGCAUCGAAGGAUAUAUCCUUGACACAAAGUUGCGGAAGAAUGUAAGAAUGGAUUUUCUUCACAGACUUUUAUAGCAUAUUGAAGUAUAUUAACAUACUAUAUACUUCACCAGACUAUAUCAAUGUAAGUAAUCGCUAUCCAUUGCUUUCAUCCGCGUAAUUUGUUGCAAGAUGAACCAUUUGUAUCACCGACG